CCCCAGACGACGGCGCUGACCCAGGGCUUGGAGCGCAUCCCGGACCAGGUGGGCUACCUGGUGAUCAGCGAUGGCGCCGUGCUGGCGUCGGCGGGGGACCUGGAGAACGACGAGCACACGGCCGCCGUCCUGACGGAGCUGGUGGCCACCGCCUGCGGGCUGCGCCUGCCCCGCGGCCACGAGCCGCCCUUCAAGCGGCUCUCAG